ACCCUUAUUAAACCCUAAAGGCUAAAACGGCCGAAACCCCGCCGUUAGAGCAAACGCGUUAUAGUUGUUUUGGUGCGAAUUCCAGUUAGGUUCUGUGUACAGAGCAAGCAGUAGCAGAGCAGUCUCGCUGCAACUCCACAAAAGCAAUAGGAGGCUGUUGAAAUUUGUGUGUCUGGUGGGGUUGGUCCGUGGGGGUUUAAUUGUGGUUUCUUUUGGGUCGAAACUCAAAAGCAUUGCCGUUGAGACGAAUUGGAGGCAGAAUGGGUGGAGAGGAUAAGUCACACAAACGGAGUAGAAAGAAAAUGGAUAUGGGCAGAAGGCAUGAUAAACAAAGUUCCUCCUUUGAUGCCAAUGUUGGGAGAAAGGGAUCCUGGCGGGGUUCGAAACAUCAAGGCGAUUCGGAGACACAAAAACCAUUGGUUAGGAAACAGGUUGAUCCUGAAACCAUGAAUUACUUUAAGGAAAUUGAUAACCUUUUCGCGAGUAAUGGGGAUGAUAUGGAGGAGCGAUCAGUUGUAUGUGGUAAUGCCCUUGAGGAAGCUAAGGGGAGAGAAAUGGAACUGGCAACCCAUUAUAUCAUAAGCCAUACUAUGCAGACACUCCUUGACGGCUGUGAUGUCGACAGCCUUUGUGGUUUCCUUCGAAACUGUGCGAAGGACUUCCCUUCUAUUGCAAUGGAUCAAUCUGGUUCUCAUGUAGCUGAGUCUGCCAUCAAGUCUUUAUCUAGGCAUCUUGAGGACGAUGAGGCGUAUUCUGCUAUUGAAGACACUGUAAAUGCAAUAUGCAAGGUGAUUGCAAAGAAUCCUGGUGAUCUGAUGUACGAUCGCUAUGGAUCUCAUGUUCUCCGAAGUUUUCUUUCUCUUCUUAAAGGAGUACCAUUAGAUUCUUCUGAGUUUCAUGGGACAAAGUCUUCUUCAGUUGCAGAGCAAUUGAACUUCAAGGCAUCUCGAGCAGACACAGAUAUUACACCACAUUCUGUACAGGGAUUCCCACGUUUAUUUGACUUUCUUGUUUCAGGGAUGUUCAAGUGUAUCAAAAACAACAUUCAGACCCUGCAAGUUGAUCAGUACAGCAGUUUGGUUCUGCAGACAGCUUUGCAGUUGUUAGCAGGAGAUGAAGAAAAGCUUUUGCAAUUGAUCCCCAUUCUUAUUGGAUGUACUAGGGAAGAUAUUUUAGAAGGAAAAUCCAUCCAAACGACUAAAGUGAGAGGCAUUUUACAUCUCAUGAAAGAAACAGCAUAUAGCCAUUUAAUUGAGGUUGUUUUGGGAGUGGCUCCCGAAGUCUUGUACAAUGAAAUGUUCACAAAAGUUUUUGGAAACUCAUUAUUUGAGCUUUCAUCUCAUCAUUGUGGGAACUUUGUUAUUCAAGCCUUGAUUUCUCAAGCACGGCAUAAAGAUCAAAUGGAGUUGAUUUGGGAGGAACUUGGUUCUAAAUUUAAGGAUCUGCUCAAAACGGGAAAAUCAGGAGUUAUUUCUUCGCUGAUUGCUGCAAGUCAAAGGCUGCAUACUUAUGAGCAUAAGUGUUGUGAGGCCCUUGCUACUGCGGUACAUUCAAGCAAUGAAGACUCUACAUGCAUUGUUCCCCGAUUACUGUUUAUUGACAGCUACUUCUACUGUGAAGAUAAGUCCAACUGGAAUUGGCCAGCCGGUGGUAGAAUGCAUGUCAUGGGUUCUUUGAUUCUCCAAAGAGUUUUUCAAUUUCAAAAUGAAUUCAUACAUCCUUUUAUUACAAGCAUUACGUGCCUCAAUGCUGAUAACAUACUUGAAAUUGCUAAAGAUUCCAAAGGUGCUCAUGUAAUUGAAGCUUUUCUAAGUUCUGAUGCUUCUGCAAAACUGAAGCGCCGGUUAAUCAUGAAGCUUCGUGGACAUUUUGGAGAGCUUUCAUUGCAAUCAUCAGGCUCUUUUACUGUUGAAAAGUGUUUUACUGCGGGUAACAUCGCACUGAGAGAGGCCAUAGUAACUGAGUUGGUAGCUGUGCAAAAUGAGCUUUGGAACAAGAAGCAUGGCCCUCAUCUCAUGCGGAAACUAGAUGUUGAUGGAUUUGCUGCUAGACCUGAUCAGUGGAGGUCCAGGCAAGAAUCGAAACAAUCAACUGUCAAUGAAUUUAUUUCUACAUUUGGCUCUAGUGAGACCAAGCCAUCAAAGAGCGGCAGCUUUCUUUCAGACGAUUUUAAGAACACAUCGCGACCGAAUAAAGUAAAGCAAAUGAGUGAAGAGAUUGCACAUCUGCAGGAAUCUCCUGCACCAUUUCUGAGUACAUCAGGCAUCAAACACAAACCAAAGAAAACAGAACGGAACAGCAAGAAAUUUGUAAAGUUUUCAGCAGCCGAGAAUGUUUCUAAAGGAAAGAAAAACAAGUCGAAGAAAAUAGUCACAGAUGAGGGAGCAUCCAAAUCCACUUCCAAGAAAGAGAAGAAACGGCACAGAGAGGAUGUUGAGUCAAAAUCCUCUAAGAAGUCUAAAGCAUGAUAUGGUGCAUCAUCUGCUUCUCUUUGUGUUUUGUAACUUUUGUUCAGCGCUGCAGAGGAUGUAACAGAAUGGCAUUGUUCUGCAUAUACAUCCGAGAAAACUAUGAGUAAUUUUAUAGGAAAACUAAUGAAAGAGACUUGAAAA